AUGAAGAGAGAUUGGAGAAUUUGGAAAGGUUUGAAGCAAUCUGAAACUGGCCUAGGUUGUGAUUACAUAACUGGAAAGCUUGAUUGUUCCAAUGAGUGGUGGGAGAUAAAAAUCAAGGAAAAACCUGAAGCUAAAAAAUUUCGUAACAAAGGGGUACCAUGCGCCAUUGAAGAGCUAUGGGAUCAGCUAUACUCGGAUGUAGUAGCUAACGGGUUAGAAUGCGUUACUCCCGGCAUGAAUCCUUCAAGUGUGGUUGUGAAUGAUGUACAAUCUGGAAAUGUUGAGAGGGUUCAAGCAGGUGUUGAAGAAGAGGAAACCAAUAGUGAAGAGAGAGUACUUGGUGAGUAUGAGGAUUCUCAAGAUCAUGUUUACUCAGAAUAUAGUCAAUACUCAUCUCACUUGGAAAACCUAGAAAGAAGUGAGGGUACUUUUUGGCAUGAGUUUUCAAAUGAAGUGCUUAAUGCUGAUAAUCAACAACCUAACCAAAGCCAAGGUGUUACCCAAGUACCAACUAGUGAUAGGAGGACUUCUAAAGAACCACAAAAAACUGCCACAAAAACAGUGAAUUCUGUGCCAAUGAAGCGUAAAAGGAGACAAUCUACAGGAUCAGCAAUGAUGAACCAUCAUCUUGAAAACAUGGUUGCAUUUUGUGGUCGUGCAGUCCAAGCACUUGAGUCAGAUGCUAGUGCUCCUGAUAGUGUGACAAAUACUCAAACACCAGUGAAUUGUGCUGUAAUGGUGAUGAAUGUUCUUAAAAAUAUGGAUGGGUUGGAAAAUGGUAGUGCUUUGUGGUGUUAUGCUGUUUAUUUACUUGAGGAUGCUAUGAGAAGGGAUUUUUUCUUUGCUAUGGAGGAUGAUGCUUCUAGGUUGGCUUGGUUAAAGUUUAUGUAUGAUAUGAAGGACAAGUAAACGUUUGAACUAUUAUUUAUUUGUUUAAUUAGGUGUGGUAAUUUUAGAUAUUUCAGCCGUUGUUUGUGUUUUAUUAAGUGUUGAAGUUGUGUUUAAUUUGGUUGCAUGAAUUCUUAAUCUUAUGGUUGUAUGGACUGUUAAACUUUGUGGUUGUGUUUAAUUUGCAUUUUACCUUGUUUAGACUU